CAGUAAGACAUCUCCAUAAACUCUCUGGUUCUUUCUCGAGUUUAUACCAUGAAUUCACUGUUUCUGAACCUUGUAAACUUGUAGCAUAAUCUGUGUCUCUUUCUUUAAUUUGUACAAUGCUUGUCUUUCUUUGCUACAUAAUAUCAUUUGUAAAUUGCUGAAUCGGGAAAUUAUAGAGAAAACUUGAAUUGUGAUCACAUACAAAGAAGAAGAAAAAGAAGACCCAUGAGUAGUUUAAGCAAAAAAGUGGUGAUUUGAGGAGAAAACUUGACUCAGAGGGGAGAAGAAGACGACGACCCACAAGUAGUUUACGAAACCAUGGGUGGUACCCUUUAAAACUCAUAGGUUUCAUUUCAAUAUCAAUAUAUGGCUACACCCACCAUGUUCUCAUCCCUGAGGAGGAGAAUAUCACCUUCUUUGGAAGCUUUCUUGGCUCCCAGUCAAGUCAAUGAGUCCACGAUUCUCCAGACACUAACAAUCUGCUCCAAAGAACUUGUUUUGUCUUUCUCCGAUACAUUUGUUCCUUGUCAUCGGAAAAAUUUCCAAUCCUUAAUCCGGAAGAUUGAUAUCUUUGUUUCGCUCUUUGAGCAUUUCAAUGAUUUGGGGUCUGGCUGUUUUUUCUUCACUGCAAUUCUAUGCUUUAAGGAGAUGUAUGUUAUGUUGUCUCGAACAAAGAUGUUAUUGGAUUAUUGCUCGCAAUCGAGCAGGUUAUGGCUUUUACUUCAGAAUUCAACAAUUUCCACUCAUUUUCUUGACCUGAACAAGGAUAUUUUGACGUUUUUAGAUGUAUUUCCUUGCGAAGAAAUAGAGUUGUGUCAGGAUGUUAAGGAAUUAAUGGAGCUUUUGAAGAAGCAAUUGAAAAGAGAGAAAUUGUUCAUUGAUCAGCAUGAUGAGGCAAUGAGGGUUCAGUUGUAUAAUUUUCUCCAUGAAUUUGAGGUAGGAGGGAUACCGGAUAAAGCAGAGCUUCAAAUGUUUUUUGUGGAAGGAUUGGGGAUUCGGGAUGAGAAGAGUUGUAGAAGUGAGAUUGAGUUUCUUGAGGAGUUGAUUUAUAAUCAUGAGAAUGAUGUCGAACCCACUUCAUCAGUGAUUAAGGGUGCUGUUGCGCUCACCCGAUAUUGUAGUUUCUUGAUUUUUGGGUUUGGUGGAGAUGACGACACAAUGUGUUUGGAAAAUUGUAAGAAAGAAAGGAAGGGUGUGGCUUCUCAAGAGACCAUGGAGACAUUAGGAACAGUUCCAAAGGACUUUUGUUGCCCAAUUUCAUUGGAUUUGAUGCAAGACCCUGUGAUUGUAUCCACUGGGCACACCUAUGAUCGAUAUUCAAUAACUCAGUGGAUGGAAGAAGGUAACUAUAGCUGCCCGCAAACUGGGCAGAUGCUUGCCCACACCCGCAUUGUCCCAAAUAUAGCUCUUCGAAGAUUAAUUUCUGAGUGGUGCAUCGCUCAUGGAAUAUCCUUUGACCCAAUAGAAACUGGAGAUCAAAGCACGGGGACUAUUUCAGUGGCUCUGCCUACCAGGGCUGUGAUUGAAGUUAAUAGAGCCACUGCUAAGAUUCUAGUGGAGCAGCUAUCUUGUGGGUCAGAUGGUGCAAAGAUCAUUGCUGCACAUGAGCUGCGGUUGCUAGCAAAAACUAGAAGAGAGAGCCGUGUUUGUAUUGCACAAGCAGGGGCAAUCCCACUCCUUCAAAGGCUACUGUCAUCUCCUAAUCCAGCUGCACAAGAGAAUGCUGUGACAGCAAUACUGAAUUUAUCCCUUUAUGAAGAUAAUAAAAGCCUUAUUGUGGAGGAACCAGGGUGUUUGUCUUUGAUUGUUGAAGUACUUAGAUUUGGGCACACAGAAGAGUCAAGGGAAAACGCUGCGGCAACACUGUUUAGCCUUUCUGUAGUUCAUGACUACAAGAAGAGAAUUACAGAUGAAAAUGGGGCUAUCUCAGCACUGGCAGAGUUACUGAAGGAGGGAACUCAGAGAGGGAAGAAGGAUGCUGUAACUGCACUCUUUAAUUUGUCCACCCAUAUGGAUAAUUGCAGCAGAAUGAUAGAGGCAGGGGCUAUUACGGCUCUGGUGGAUGCAAUGGAGACAGAAGGGGUAGCAGAGGAGGCAUUGGGUGUGUUAGGCAUGCUGGUCCGACAGCCAAUAGGAGCCCAAGCAGUCAACAAGGAGGAAAGGGCAGUGCCAAGAUUGAUCAAAAUGAUGAGGCAUGGGACCUCAAGGGGGAAGGAGAAUGCUGUGUCAGCAAUACUUGAGUUGUGUCGAAAUGGUGGACCAUCUAUAAUCCAGAAAGUUGCUAAGGUGCCUGCGUUUUCCAGCUUGCUCCACAUUCUGCUGUACACAGGCACGAAGAGGGCAAGGAGGAAGGCAGCAUCACUUGCUAGAGUUUGCCAGAAGUAUGAGGCAGUUGCCUUGCCUUAUGGGUUGUGGGGAGUAGGAUAUACAUUCAGCAGUAACUCAUCAGCAAAUCUGGGCUCAAGUUUCACUAGUGAUGUUUCAGUGUCAAUGUCCAUAUCUGUGCCCGUUCUAUGGGGGUAACUGCCUCCACUAUUAUCUGUCUUUUUUUUUUCCUUUUUGUUGGCCAUGCUCUCAUCUUCCUUCUCUGAUAUGCUGAGAUAAUAUUCAUAAGAAACAAAAAAGGGAAAAGAAAAGAAAAAAAUAAUAACAAUACAAAGUAAGCAAUACAAGUGUCUGCUUGUUAGACAAGUAUAGUGCUUGUUUACUUUUAAGUUGUUUGCUCCUCUUUACCAUGAGUGGCUGUCUGGCAAAUGGUUUCUGUUUCAAAUAUUCCAUUGUAUAAUCUGAUACAGUGGUCAGCUUUGUUUAUAUAUGCAUAAGAGUUGUUUAUUAA